AUGCCUCGCAAGCCCCUUCACGAAAACACCAACGCCAACGACCACCAAUUGACCGUACUCGAGAAGAAUGACGACCGCGCACCUAUACUCAUUUUAAUCUCUGCACAAGCUCUUGGUCACCUCGGCUUGGCAGUGAGCAUUUUCGCGAUAUGGUUUGGAUGGCUUCUCCCAGCUUCAAUUACAGCUACUGUAGUACCAGAAGAACCGGAAGUCAAGAAGACAAAGCCCAGAUUGCCCUCCAGACAUGUUCGACGAUCUACAGUCGAUGCUGGCCGUGCAUCAAUUCCGCCACCAACUCCAAUCAGGCGUGCUUCUGCCCCAGUAAACCUUACACCCAUACUAGUCCCUCAUCCAGAAGAUGCACAGCAACAUUCUCGUCGUGUAUACUUUACAGACUCCCCGCCUGCUCCCAUCAUCAGGCGCAACACUAUGCCGGAGCAAAAAUCAAAUGAUAGUGGUUCACUCGUAAACGACCCCGUUCCUUCUUCUGCAUGCGGUAGCCCCCGUUCAUCAACCUCAACUCUUCCCACUCCUAUUGGUCCGCCUGGGUUAGAUGGUUUGGAAGAGGUUGUUCAUAUUGCUCAUGAAUCCGAUUCAUCCCCCCAUUCUUCAAAGGCUUCCCUACCAAAGCCAUCUCGUCUUCAAAAAUUUAAACUUGGCUUUCAUAGCAAGGGACAUCGGCCGGAACCAUUGGAAAAACUGGUGGAUCAGGCUUCAAUAGCCAGUACAGAGACGACAGUAUCUGAACCAGGAAAACGCGCAAGCGGCGGCAUUGUUGCUGCUUGGACCCUGUCACGAAACAGGACUGCCCCUGACGUAACCGCGGUCGAAUCGGCCUCGCCUUCACCUUCUCGUUUAUCAUUCGCUCGCCGAAUGUCGCCGUCGAGGCCUGCGACGAGCCCUGCAACUCCCAAUUCUGGUCGUUGCAACGAUUGCCUUUCUCCGACCUUCCUGAAUCGUAAAGCCCAGAAACGGGUUUCUGCUCCAAUUCCGAGGACUUCCCCUUACGGUGCACCAUAUUUUGCUACACCGCCGACAGUAGUCAACCCGGAUUACCCUGCAUAUCUGAAGACUCUGCCUCAGUUUGAGGAUGAAAUCCGCCAUACUCCAACACAUCAAUCAGACAGUGAGGAUGCGGAGCGCCAUAGAGGCAGAACUUCGUCAAUAAGACGGGUAAAGUUGAAUGCUGCUCCGCGAAGUCCGACUAAGCGGAGGUCGGCAAGCGUUGAUUGGACGCCACGACAGGAGUCUAGCUCAUGA